CGCCGCAUCCAAGAGCUGCUGUUAGAAAGAAAAGAAAGGAGGGGUGAGAAAUGGCAGCUCCAGCCAUGGCAAGCGGAACACCUAAGGUCCUCUGUUCCGCCGCAAGUCACCACCGACUGAAUACCGCUUCAAGGUUGAAUGGCUCCGUAAAGUUUCUCAUCGACGCCAACAACCGCUCCUUAACUAGCUCGUUUCAACGCUCAUUUCCCAUUCGCGCUGUUGACUCCCAAACGGAUGAAGAAAAUCCAAGUGUCGAUAAACCCAAUGCUGCUUCCAUCACUCAGGAAGAUGUGAGUUAUAUAUGGAAAUUAGGAGGUGGUUCAGUGGUGGGUGCAGCUAUAAUCAAGUAUGGAAGCAUACUUUUUCCAGAGAUUACAAGACCAAACAUCACACAGGCUUUGGUCAUGAUUUUGACGCCCGUUAUUAUUGCCGUUUUAUUGUUGAUAAAGGAAAGUCGUGCUAAGCAAUGAAGCGCAGAUCAGUGCGUAUAAUCUUCUAUUUGGCUUUAGACAAGUUGUCUUAUGAAUUUCUCAGU